CGCAAGAUCCUUUCCAGCACCUGGAGAAGAAGAAGAAGAAGAAGGAGGAUUCCGAUUUACAGUACCUCUGCCACACUUCCUCCAGCCGGAAGAAGCUCGGAAGAACAAACGUUCCCCGAGAACACGUACCGUCGUCCCCGUUCCCGUCCCGGUCCCCUGGCCAAGGAGGACAAGAAAGGGCUUUGGCCCCCGGGGGUUUUAGACGCGGUUAAUUUGAAGGCUCGAGGUUGGUGCUAGUGGAGAGUAGUAGCGGUAGUAGAAGUCACAGCAGACGCAGAGACGUGCUCUGGAGGAAUGUUGAUGCCUUGAGGGAACGAGCUGUGCUCGCUCGCAGGUGUCUGUGUUUCCAGGCUCGCAGGAGUGGCGAGCGUGCGCUGUCAAAGCUUUGUGAGGUCGCUUCGGGGCAGCUCGUGUGUGCAUUUUGGAGUAGAUGGUAAUUUUUGCCAGCUUGCUCUGUCUGCGAUUGAUUGAUUGAUUGAUUGCCGAGGAAUCACACACGGCCUCGUGUUCAGUUUGUUUUUUCUUCCUUUCGUUCUCCUCCCUCUUCGGCGUUUUGAGAGCUCGGGGACCCGUCGGCUGUGGUUCGACUUCUGAUGUUGGCGGCGAAUGGUUUCGUCUAUUCCUUCUGCCUCGGAGUUGAUGCAGUGAUAAAUGCCGUCGAUCGGUGCGCGUUCCUUUACCGGCUUCGUUUGAGCCCGGCGUCAAAUUUCUGACGAGCGACUGAGAGGAGAAUUUCGGGUGUAGUUCAAACAAUAGCUGCGGCCGCAUGCGGUGGUCGAACCAGACCAGCUUGGGGAUUGCAACAGGAGGAGUAGUAACUUCCAUGAGUUAGGGUUCAGUUGUUGGUGGAAAUGGCGUUCGAGGGCAACAGCAAGAGGAAGAGAGAGCCCGAUGGCAUCAAUGGUCUGGCUAACGGGGAUGGAUUGAAAGGCCCUCGAUUGGCUGCAAGCAAGGAUGCUCGGCCUCCGAGCGCCGCAGAGACGAAUCAAGAUUUGGAUUUGGCAUUGCUCGAGGCUUUGGAGUCGAGUGAGGUCGUUGAGGUCAUUGAUGUGAGGGGGCUAAAGAAGAUAGUGCUGGGUUUCGAGCGCAAGUUGCGUGAUAACCUGGAAGCUCGAAUGAAAUAUAUGGAUCAGCCGGACAAGUUUGUGGAGUCAGAGGUGGACUUGGACGAGGAAAUCAAGAAAAUGCAUUCGCUCGCCGCGGCUCCUGAUCUUUAUCCGGAGCUUGUCAGGCUGAAUGCAGUUUCGUCAAUUUUGGGUUUACUGAGCCACGAGAACACGGACAUCGCCAUAGGGGUCGUCGACCUAUUGAAUGACCUCACGGACGAGGACGUUAUUGGAGAGAGUGACGAGCCAGCCUUGAUCUUGGUUGAUGCUCUGAUUGAGAACAAUGCAUUGGAGCUUUUGAUACAGAACCUAGCCAGACUGGAUGAGGCAGACAGCGAUGAAGGAACGGCAGUCUUCAACACCCUGUCCAUAGUAGAAAACAUGAUUGAAGUGAAGCCUCAAGUAGCAGAGCUCGUAUGCGAAAGGACCAAAUUGUUGAGAUGGCUUUUAACCCGGUUGAAGGUGCGAGAAUUUGACGUCAAUAAGCUAUAUGCGUCUGAAAUUCUAGCCAUCCUACUGCAAAAUAGUACCAUCAAUCAGAGGCGGCUCGGACAGCUUAAUGGAGUAGAUACUAUUUUGCAAGCUGUUGCUAUGUAUAAGUCGAGGGACCCCAAGACGACGGACGAAGAGGAAAUGCUUGAGAACCUCUUUGACUGCCUUUGCAGCGUUGUGAUGCCAACCGAAAAUAAGGAUCGAUUCGUCAAAGCUGAGGGAGUGGAGCUGAUGAUCAUUAUCAUGAAGCAAAAGCGGUUGGCUUAUGCUUCUGCUAUGAAAGCCCUGGACUUUGCCAUGACCCGCUGUACGGCCGCUUGUGAACGAUUUGUGGAUGUUCAAGGUCUGAAAACUCUAUUUGCUGCCUUCAUGGGAAAGGUACCCACGAAGACAAAGAAAAAGGGUGACCGGAAUCCCGAGGAAAUUGAAGAGCGGGUCAUUUCUCUGAUCUCCUCACUUUUCGGUGGGUUAACUCGGGGUUCUAGGAAAGAGAGGCUACUCGAAAAAUUUAAGGAGAACGAGUACGAGAAAAUUGAUCGGUUGAUGGAGUUGUACAUCAGAUAUUCUGAUCGCGUGAAAGCUGAAAGCAAACGUCUUGAUGCUCAAGAACUUGAAGAUGUUGAGCUUGAUGAUGAAGAGAGAUAUUUGAAGAAGCUGGAGGCAGGCCUCUAUACUUUACAGCUACUGGCUUUGAUAUUGGGGAACCUUUGGGCUACAGGACACGGUGGCAUGCAAGAUCGAAUAGAACUCCUCUUGAAGCAACAACGACUUUCAAGAGACGAUGUAAAAGCUGUUCUUAAGGAAUACGUCGAUAAUAUUGGUGAUUUAGAUGGGCCUGAAGAGAAGGAGAGACGUUGCAGCAAGAUUCAGAAGAUUAUUAGUGCAAUGUGAUUGGAGUAGUUGACUUUUGUACACUAACAUUUUGUAGGAAAUGUCAGCCCCUAUUGCUCUUCAGGAUGUAGUUUUUGCCCUCUUCCCUCAGCUAUUGGUUAUUGUGAUGGAUUACUUGAUGAAGGCAAGCUGUGCAGGGCUCCUUUAGAAUGUUAUCGAGAGUGUUGUCUAACAAGAAUCAGGUUUUGCAUCUCGAUGUGAGCAUUCGAGAGCAGCAAACUUUCAUGGUGGAUCUAACGUGUUGGAAAUGAGCAAGGAGAUUAUGGUUUGUGCUUACGAACGCAUGUCUGAGUCCUAUAUUCCCUCAAGUGGGGAUGGUUCAGUGAGAACAGCUGCCGGAACUCCAAGGACUUAAGGAUUAUGACAUCAGAGUUCUGGCGCGGACGAGUCCUCCAGGUUUGCUGUUAAGAGACAAGUCGCAACGCAGGACAGGUGAUUCCUAAUCUGCAGUAAAAGAAAAGGUUGUUAAGUUUCUUCCCUACUGAUGGGUUCAUGUUGUAUAAGAAAGGGAAAAGUAAUGCGCCCAUCUUGUUAGACAUGUUGAGAGAUGUCUCAUGAAGUCACCACCCGCAUGCGCAAGGGACCUCCUUGCAUCCACCCACUUCCGAUCAGAUCAUAAGACGCGUAAUCUUACUCGGUGAGAGAUUACAGUUAUUCUACUUGAUACUCCAAUCUACAUUGCUGGCAUCGACCACAUGAAUUAUCCUUGAAUAAGGAUACGUUUUGAAAUGAUUCGGUUAGGAACUGGUUUGAGUCCCACAGCAGCAGUUGGAUGAAAAUAAAAUGGAUGGAGUGACUCAAUCUGGAUGCAGCAGUUGAAAGUGCACCACAAGGAGACCACUUUGUCAGCGGGUUAACUUUGGUGGGUAGCAAGUCGAUCAUGGAACGGUUGACCUCGCCAAGGUUAGUUUGGCCCACAGAUUCAACUCCAUUUAAAGAGAUUGCCGAAGAUACCUUGAUCAGUGUUGUAUGGUGGCAAUGUCGAGAUCGUGGGUUCUCAUUACUAUCCAUUUAGUUUCACAUGGCGUGGACGAUGGGCCGUCUGUAGGUGCUUUCAAAGACAUCUGAACCGGCCACUACCACGAAGGGAACAUCUUCUGUGGCGAUAAGUACAGGAGUUCUGUUGGAUCGAAAAGAAAAGCCGGACAUUCUUCACUCAUAGCUAAUCCUUCAUCACUGCCACUGAGAUUGUACUUUCCCUUACUUGUUCACUGACGAGUAAUCAAUGUCGUGACCAGAGCCUGACAUCUGGAACAUUUAUCAUACAUCUGAAUAUGGAGGAUGUGCUGUGAAGCGACGUGGCUUUAUAAUGCCGCGAUAUUCAGUUUGUUCAUAUACACGUUUGGAGUCAAACCUUCAAAGCCACGUUACUGAGGCCGAGCUACUGUUUUCUACUCGAAGAGUCUCCACCCAAGACUUCGAAUUCGAUAUUUGCAAGAGGUUUAUGUUACCAGUUCCAAUCAGACUCGAGAUAUCAUAGCGGAUCUCCCGCCUUGUGUGACGGAAUCUGCACUGGUACUAGAGAUGGUGAUUACCAGUCAUGUUCUGUUUCAAGAGAACUAUACGGUGCCUAAUUCCCGAGUUCUGGAUGGACUGGGGUGCCCUCUCAGGAUGGGUUCUUCAUGGAAGUGUACAAGUGCGUGUUGUGAAUGUGAAAAAAUAG